AUGUCAGAGGUGAACCAAUUGAGACUUCAUAUUGGUAAUAUCUCCCCUAAAUUAAAAGAAAACAGUCAACUUUUAAACCUUCGAAUACUGAAAUUUUGUCAAGAGAUAUUAUCACCAUUGGAGUUUCAUACUAAACCACUAGAGUUGAAAUAUUUCGCAUACAUUACCUUGCAAAUUACUAGACAAAACUAUGAAAAGUUGAAACAAGCUUUGAAUGGAGUUUUAUUCAUGGGGUUGAAACUUACCAUAGCAUUGGCUAAACCAAUAUCUUUUCAAGAAAAGCUUCUGCAUCUGCAUCUGCAUCUGCUUCUGCAGCACAACAUGGUAAAUCAAAGGAAAUUACAUGAUAAAGAGGUGAAGAAUAACAAGAUUGCCAAGUCUAGAAUUGAUCGAAUAUUAGAGUCUCAAACAAAGUACCCUACAAAUUCCAUUACUUCCACUAUAAGAACUUCACCAUUCCCUUUUUUACACGCAAUAUAUUCGAAAUCAGAACAUACAUUUAAUAAUAUAUCAGCCACUACUAAAAAUCAACCGCCUUCACGUAGACUCAAUGGUGCAACAUCAUACGGAGCAACGGUUAAUAGCUUGAUAUACAAGUACCGUAAUGGAAAAUCUCAUGCAGUGAUAAAAGGAGUUCAUCGUCGUACACCAAGGAAAAAUCCUCAUUUACAAACAUUGCGUAUAUUGAUCAACGGAGAACUUAAGAUGAUCAAAAGUUUCAAGACGAAACUUUGGGGAGUGGAGAAAAACAAAUCUUUGAGGGACUUGACUUGGAUGUUUGAUUCCCAAGUUGGCUGGAAAAGUGGCGAGGGCCAUUUAGUCGAGGCUGUUGAGAAAUCAUGUGGGAUUAAUGGGAAACAGGCUUUAUUGUAUGGGGCAAAUACCGAUAAAGUAGACAAGGUUGGAAACUCGUCAGUAUCGGUUCCUUAUAAUGAUGAAGGUGAUGAUGACGAUGAGAAGAAAAGGAACAAGGCUAUUUUAGCUUCAUUUUUACAGAAGUACGAUUUUGAUAAACCAAUGGGUGUCGAGGACUAUAAGGAUAAGGAGGACGAGGAAGAAACACAAAUUGAAGUUGAUUCAAGAGGACGGAAGAAGGUGCAGCAUUAUGAUUAUGAAGUUGAAGGGAAGAUUGAAAAUGAGGAGGAAGAUGAGGAGGAAGAUGAGGAGAAAGACGAAAAGGAGAAGGAUGCUGCUACGCAAAAUAAUGGAGUGGAUUUCAAUCAAGAAUUGUGCAGACCCAAAGCAGAAGUUCAUUAUGAUGAAGAUGAUGAGGGGAAUGAUAUACUGGAUUUGGACACCAUUGGGAAGGAAUCACCUCUAUCAAAGCCGAGAGGUUCUGCUUUGGUACAGGAGGAGCCUGAUCCUGGAGCACCAGUUGCUGCAAAAACUCAAACUACAGAAACCUUGAGAUCCAUUUUCAAUCCAAAUACUUCACUCUAUAGUCACGACACGAUAGAUAACUCGCAAGAAACUACAUUUAAGCUCGCUUUAUCUGACAACGACGAGGACAUAGACCCAACUAAAACCGUUUUGCAACAAGAACAAGAGAUGGAACAAGAAAGACUUGUCAAGCAAAUACAACAACAACAACAAAAAAACUUGAUCGAACAACAGCAAAAUGAACGCAAGAACCAAUUUGGAUUAUUCUGGCCUCAUUUCGAAUCACCAUUCUUAUCUACACAAUCACAGCUUGCAAAAAUUGGCUCAGUUGACGACGAAUUUAAGUUCAUGUCCGUCGUUAAAGGAGCCGAUACAGAAAUAGAAACAGAACCAUACGCAACCAACAACAACAAGGCUAACAACAAGGCCAAUGACGAUGUCGAGUCCGCUUAUGAGCAAUGGUUCUGGUCCGUUCGUGAUUUGGACAAGAGGCCAAAGUUGACGUUAAUGAAUGUGCUUUGGGAUAUAUACAAUGGUUGUAUAGCCUUGGUAAUUGACCCCAGAGCAACGAGAAUAACGUAUCCGUUAAUUGUUUGUAUCUCAUCGCUUCUUGUCAAGAUUGUCAUUUAUAAAGUGCCAUAUACGGAGAUUGACUAUAGCACGUAUAUGCAGCAGAUAGCCAAGAUAGAAGAUUACGGAGAGAUUGACUAUUUGGAGAUUUUUGGUGAUUCGGGACCUAUUGUGUAUCCUGGUGGCUUUGUUACUAUAUAUCUGUAUCUCAGAUGGUUAAUUGGUGACUCAAUUGUAGAUGCGCAACAGAUAUUUGGAUACAUUUAUGUUGUUUGUGUUUUGUUUGCUUGUUUGAUAUAUAGUCAAGUGUUUGAUAUUGCGCCAUGGCCGAUUUACUUGUUGUUGUUGAGUAAGCGAUUGGUUUCGAUAUAUGUGUUACGGUUGUUUAAUGAUUGUUGGACGACUUUGGCUAUGUUGGGCACUAUUUUGUUAUUGCAACAAGCAGCUGCAUUGAAGAAGAAGACGAGCAGCAGCAGCAGCAGCAAUGGUAGUAGUGAUAGCAGCAGCAGCAGCAGCAGCAGCAAUGGUAGUAGUGAUAGCAGCAGCUGGAGAGAUGACUGGUUUGAUUUGAGUUUUUUCUUGAGUUUGGUGUCUGCCGAUUUGUACAGCAUUGCCAUAUCAAUCAAAAUGAAUGCAUUGUUAUACCUUCCUGCAUUUGUUAUUAUUGUUUACUUCCUAAACGACGAGAACUUGGUGAAAUUUUUAAGUAUCAUGGCGGUUAUUCCAUUGAUACAAAUAGUUAUGGGCUGGAAGUUUUUACUACCGCUAUAUAACGACGACAAAGCAAAGGAGAUUAGAUGGAACUAUAUUUCACAAGCAUUUAAUUUCAAAAGACAGUUUCUUUAUAAAUGGACAGUUAAUUGGAGAUUUCUUUCCCAAGAAAUAUUCUCAUCUCACGCAUUUGCAAAGAUAUUGUUGAUUUUCCAUACAGUGAUUCUUUUAAUAUUUAUAUUUACUAGGUUUUUGAACUCGCGUGUUUCAGGUAAGCUGAUUUUGCAAUUGUUUAAAGAUGCCUUUAGGCCAUACUCAACAAUAUCACCUAACAAUGUAUUCAAUAAUCGGUUAGUUGCACCACAGUUGAUUUUCUAUAUUAUGUCAAUAACCAACUUGAUCGGGGUGUUGUGUUCACGAUCAUUACAUUAUCAGUUCCUAUCGUGGUACGCAUGGUCACUACCUGGAUUACUAUAUUUAAACUUCCCCGUUUAUUUGGGUUUACCAAUUUGGCUUGUUCAUGAAUGGUGUUGGAAUGUUUUUCCUUCUACUUUCUUGAGUUCAAUUGUUUUGGUUUCUGUUUUAUCUAUCGUUUUAAUUAUGAGUUGGUUCAAUUUCGAUAAAUGGUUCCCACUGCAGCAAACUUUGGAUGAAUAUAAUGCAUGGAAUCAGAAGCAAAAACAAAAGAAGGAAUAA